UUAUAUCGAUAUACAUAUGACCAUAUGAUUUUUCGAUUCCAAAUAAACUUGGUUACAACACGAGCACGUCUAAAAAAUAUUAAAAUAACCACAAUUUAAACACUGAGUAAAACCAGAUGAAGAAUUUGAACGUGAUAUUUGAACGGCAGAGUGACGCUUAAAAGGAAGAAACAUUUAACAUAUUACGGGAAAUACAGUUACCAGAGUCCGGUAAAUUCGUCAAUGGUCCUUGUCAAAAUGAUGCGAAAUUUUGGAAUUUUUUCAAUGAGAAAGAGUAAUUUGAUAAGCUUGUGGGGCUCCAAAGAACAGGCGUGGGCUUCCACAAUGCGAUUAUACUCUCCUUGCACUGGAUCAUAUAACUACAAUUGGCUAAAAUGUGAAGGUAGUAACAUAAUGCAACCGAAACGAAGUCUUCACGAAAACAGUAAUGUACAAACAUCCGCCAAAGAGAAGAAAAAUGUUCGAAAGCCUGAAGAUCUGGAGCGAGCCUACGAAGUUCUGCGAACCACGCUUCCCAAACUCUUUGUUGAACCGCUGAACUAUUCCAUAUACAGCCCAAACCUUAUAUUUCAGAACAAUAUUACCGGCAAGCACACAGUCGGUCUAUACCACUUUGUUAAGCAAAUUGCCAUUCUUCGAACUGUGGGUCACCUAAAGUACGCCUACGUUAAGUUUGAGGUUCUUAAAAUUACAAAGCAUCCCGACGACUACACCGUGCGCAUAAGGUGGCGCGUGAGGGGAAUAUCCGGCCUGAAGGUGAUGUUCCAGUUCUGGAAAUACAAGGUGUGGCAAUUGAAGGAAGUACUGAAGGAUCAGGAGGCAUGGUAUGAUGGAUUUUCCAUAUGCUACUUGGGAGAAAGCGGUCUAAUAGAAAAACACGUUGUUGACAAAGUUAUGCCGGAUGAGAGUCGAGAGUCUGUUGAAAAUGCCUCUGCAAUCACCCUGCCAACCGAGUCCCUGGCAGCGACAGCAUCCCAGAAACUAAGCUGUCAAUAAAACUGUAGCUAGAUUUAAAUGUUACUUAUUUAUUGCAUUAUUUUACAUAAUAAACAGCAACUGUGAAGAUGUUUAGUAA